AGUAGCUAGCAAGCUAUGGUGUCCGCCUUGGCUUGGUUUCGAUGUAACGUUAAUAGUCAGCUAGAAAGCUAAUGGUAGCCAUAUCACUUCUGUAGUUAGCUUAAAUCUAUCUGUACAGUAGUUAGUUAUUUAAUAUAUAAAGAAAGGAACCGUAGCCAGCUAUCUGGCUAAUGUUAUUAGCUAGCUUCUAUGUCAGCGUGCUUGUUGUUAUGCCUUUCUGGUCAGCAUACCCCCUUAAGAAGUUGGCCUCUAGCGAGCUAUCUUACGUUAGCUAGCUAACGUUACUCUUUAGCUCGAUACUUUAUGGUUGCUAGUUAGUUACUCGUAGCCAUCACCAAUGCGCAUAAUGAUUGUUCAUAUGUAACGAACUUAUCAAAAACCACUAAAUUGGCUAACUUACAGUUAGCUAGCCAGCCAGGUAACGUUAGCUAGCUAAUGUAACUAGUUGGUUGGCUACUUAACUUACUAGUACUUGACGGUGUGCUAUUUUGUUUAUGUUGGUGAAAGCUAGGUAGCUAACUUGGUUCAGUCUAAGCUACGCCCUAUGUCUAAAGAAACUAGUUAGCUAGUUAUCAGUUGACGUUCUAACAUGGUUGACCACAAAUUAUGAGUCAGAUCAGUGUCCACUGCAGAGCGAUAACGGUAGGUAGCUAACGCUUUAACGUUAGUCAGCUAGCUAGAUGGCUUAAAUGCCACUGUUGUCGAUGAUUCUAACGCUUUGCUAGCUACAACGUUCGUGUUCAGUAUGAGCUAGCUAACGUUAGGUAACACUUGCCAACAUUGUCAUGUUAGCUGACUUGAAUUUCAGGUCGUUGCUUGGUGCAGUGAGAUGACUAAACAAACAACAGAGAUAGAUCCAUGCCAUGCUUCUGUUACAGCCAAAUCCGCCGUUAUGUGAAUUGUCCGAUGGGGUUCUCGACCAGUUUUAGCCCGGUUAAACUAUCUUUGCUGCUUUAACGUAAUGUCGGCUUGUCUGUCUGGUUUGGUCUUUAGGGCCGAUACCUGUGUGUAACAUGUGUUGCCUAAUUGUUGUUAUUGUUGCAGAGGAGCCGCUGAACACAGCUGCCAAAAAGCCACCUUCCUUUCGAAUGGGAUGAGAGGCGCACAGGUGCAGCAGCAGCGUUUACGGCUGUGGGGUCAGUGACUCUCUGUGGGCUCAGGAUGGCGCAGGGAGGCCCUCCGCUAGACUAUCACAUCCUGCAGGACCUCAAGCAGCGCUUCCCCGAGAUCCCAGAGGGAGUAGUGUCCCAGUGCCUUCUGCAGAAUAACAACAACCUGGAUGUAUGCUGCCGCCUACUGGCUCAGGAGAGUAACAGAUACCUCUAUGGGGAGUUCCACAGUCCGGAGGAGGUUCGUCUGAGCCGGAACCACAUGCUGCACAUCCAGUUGGGCUACCCCCCCCCGGAGGCGGGCAAGUCCAACGGGGGUGGGCGCUCCCUGGUGCACAGCUCCAGCGACGGUCACAUCGAGCUUCCGCGGGCCGGCUUCCAGGAACCACUCUCAGCCCCCGCCACCAUGGCACCCUCGCCGGGGUACAACCCCUUCUUCAUGAAGGAGCACGGGGGGCGCUCAGCCAGCACCCCCACCCCUCCUCCCAUGCAGGGCAUGUCCCCUACCUACUCCCCCGUUCCCCGCUACACCAUGAACCCCAUCACGGUCACCCUCUCCCAGAACCUUCCCAACGCCCCCCAGGCCCUGCAUAUCCCCGUCGGUCACUAUGGCAACAGUGGUGGCAAUGCCCUCUACCUCCGUCCCUCCCCCUCCCAGAGCCCCCAGCCCUCUCCUUGGCCUUCGCCCGGGCAGCCUGUGUAUCAGCCCUCGCCCUACGCCACUCCCACCUACCAGUCCCCCUAUAGCUCACCCCAGCACCAACCCCACCAAGUGCAACCCCAACAGCAGGUACAGCCCCAGCACCAAGUCCAACACCAGCACCAGCCCCACCCCCAGCACCAGCAGACCCAUGUCUUCCUGCCAAUCAGCCCUCCCACCCUGGCCAGCAUGCCCUACCACCAGCACCACCAACAGCAGCAGCCCAUCUACCGGCCCUACCUGCCCAAGAGCUCCCUAAAGAACCAGAUCGAGAUCACCUUGGAGGGCACACGGCCCCGCAGCAACUCCCCCGUCCACUGUCCCCCGGGCCAGACGCUCUACAUGGCCACAAGCCCCUCACCCAGCUCACCCCAGCGAGGCCUUAGUGGCGGGGGCCCCGCCGCAUUCCACCCUGGGGUCUACUUGCACCAGGGCCCCACGCGGCCCAGACCUGCCUCCUCGCCCCAGCCGGGCAGCCAGGCGGGCUACACCUUUAAGAUCAAAGUGUCCCCAGGCCAGGCCCAGCAGAGGCCCCCCUCAGGCUCCCCUCCCGUGUCCUCCCCUCCUGAGUCUCUGCUCAACAUGGUGGACCAGGGGGAGCACCAUGCGCUGGCCCCGGCACCUAUCCUGCCCAUCUCGGCUCUGCCCGGUAACAUCGCCAGCCACAUCACCAACCGCAUGCCCCGCCGGUCCAGCUCAGGCUCCGAUGACUACGCUUACACCCAGGCUCUCCUGCUGCACCAGAGGGCCCGGAUGGAGCGUCUGCUGAAGGAGCUGCUCAUGGAGAGGAAGAAAGUGGAGCAGCUGAAGGCAGAUGUCAACGACAUGGAGUACGACGCCCUCCAGAGACGCUUCAGACGAGUCAACAGCAGCAGCCUCAUCCCCCGGCCUGAAGAGAUGACCCGAUUACGCAGUCUGAACAGACAGCUUCAGAUUGAUAUCGACUGCACCCUGAAAGAGACAGAUCUGCUGCAGUCUAGAGGGAAGUUUGAUCCGAAAGCUGAGAACAACUUUUAUAAGAACAUACAGACCGGUCCGGUGGUACCGCCCAAGCCAGGAAGGAAAGACUCGGUCUUUCUCCCAGAGGUGGAGCGGAACGCCAAGCCUGUAGCUGCCGGGCCCCCUCAGAGGGACGAGGACUUUGAGGGAGCCCAGUGGAGCUGUGAAGAAUGCACCUUCCUCAACCACCCUGCACUCAACCGCUGUGAACAGUGCGAGAUGCCGCGCUACACCUGAACCUUGCCCAGCCCUAUCCCGGAUAGUAGUCACCCCCCCACCCUUACUUCCUCCAUCCCUGUAAACUUCUCCUCCAAUUGGUCCCCGCCCAUGGCUUUGUGUGAUAACCCCCCCCCCCUGCACUAUGACCCUUGUUUCCAUUGGAGGAAAGCAUUUUUACAGGAGAGGAUAGCGGGAGACUGUUCUCAUGGCAACCUAAAAAGGAGGGACUAGCUGUCGAGCGGACAGUGGGUGUGGCUAUAACUACUGGAGCGUUGUUUUUGAAAUACGCAGGAAGAGGAGGCGUGGUUUACAGAGUGAACAUUCCAUUGCAGAAUGAAUGACUGCCCUGUUUACACGACUGAGCCCAUUCCCAAACCCCGUGGACGAACGCAGGCGCUUCUUACAGUGGGACAUUCCUCUACAAAUGGCCAGGGCUGCACUGCACUCUCUCUGACAGUGGGACAAUGCAAUGGCAAAAAGAAAGGGUCUGGUGAACUCAUCCUAAUGUAGAUUAUACACUGUAUCAGCUCUGUACCAAGAGCUCCUCCUUUCAUCAAAUGAAGAACACUAAAGAGACUUGCAUAUGAAUAUAUUCCUGGUACUUGUAUGCAUAUUAUGCCCACACUGUAUUCUGUGUUAAAGAUGUCAAUUUUCCUGUGCAAAUGGCUCAAGUUGCUGUACUUAAUAAAGGAGCUGAUUCUGUGUGACUGUUGCUUACACCUGGACUAUU